CUGCUUGGACUUCAAGAUGCUUAUAAAGGAGUAUCGGAUUCCUCUUCCGAUGAGUGUGGAUGAGUAUAGGAUUGCCCAGCUGUACAUGAUACAGAAAAAGAGCCGAGAAGAGACAUGUGGUGAAGGCAGCGGUGUAGAGAUUUUGGAAAACAGGCCAUACACAGAUGGUCCUGGUGGUAAUGGGCAGUACACCCAUAAAGUAUACCAUAUUGGUAUGCAUAUUCCUAGUUGGUUUCGGUCUAUACUGCCAAAGGCAGCAUUAAGAGUCGAAGAGCAGUCCUGGAAUGCGUAUCCUUAUACAAGGACAAGGUACACAUGCCCAUUUGUGGAGAAAUUCUCUAUUGAUAUUGAAACCUAUUAUAUAACUGACUCAGGAGAGCAAGCCAAUGUGUUCAACCUUUCCCCUGCAGAGAAAAGGCAGACUAUUCUCGAUCCCAUUGACAUUGUUAAAGAUCCCAUCCCCCCCCAUGAAUACAAGUCCGAAGAGGAUCCUAAGGUUUAUCAAUCGGCGAAGACUAAAAGAGGGCCUCUGUCAGAAGACUGGAUCAAAGAGCACAAGAACAACCCUGGCAGAAGCCCUAUUAUGUGUGCAUACAAGCUGUGCAAAGUGGAGUUCAGAUACUGGGGGAUGCAGUCCAAAAUUGAACGCUUCAUCCAUGACGUUGGUUUGCGGAAGGUGAUGGUGAGGGCCCACCGGCAGGCUUGGUGCUGGCAGGACGAAUGGUACGGGCUUACCAUCGAGGACAUCCGGCAGCUGGAGAAGGAGGCCCAACUGAUGCUGGCGCAGAAGAUGGCCCAGUUCAGCUACAGCGAGUGUGAGUCGGAGCAGCAUCUUUCCAAAGACUCUUCGGGUGACAACGAUACGGAAAUAAAGGCCAUAUCCCCGUCUGCUGAGGCAGCAGACUCCACUAGCAAUAUCGGUGAAGCCUUGUCAGGGCGUGUGCUGACCAAGCAGUGGUCGACGUCUUCCAAGUCCUCUUCGAAAAGAGGAGCAAGCCCCUCGCGCCAUAGCAUAUCGGAGUGGAGAAUGCAGAGCAUCGCCAGAGAUUCAGACGAGAGCUCAGAUGACGAGUUUUUCGACGCACAUGAGGAUCCGUCUGAAAAUGAAGAGGUGUUCCCAAAGGAAAUCACUAAAUGGAGUUCAAAUGAUCUCAUGGAUAAGAUGGAAACCCCUGAAUCGGACGAUGUCCCUGAUGAUCCGUGUCUUGAAUCAGCAGCAGAUUACAAUGUAGGAUCCAGUGUGGAAAGACUCAGCAUCAUUGAGGAUGAAGUCGCACCGCCUCUAGUGCUGCCCAGCAAAAUCCGUGUCUUGCUCUUGGUCCUUCAUGGAGGCAACAUUCUGGAUACAGGAAGUGGUGAUCAGAGCUCUAAGCAAGGGGACGUUAACACCAUCGCCACCGUGUUUGACACAGUCAUUAGGGUCCAUUACCCAGCGGCCCUUGGACACCUGGCCAUUAAGUUAGUUCCUUGCCCAGCCAUUUGCUCUGAAGCUUUUUCACUCGUUUCCAACCUCAGCCCUUACAGUUACGACGAAGGCUGCCUUUCCAACAGCCAAGAUCACAUUCCUCUUGCAGCGCUUCCUCUGCUGGCUACGUCAUCCCCACAGUACCAGGAGGCAGUAGCCACAGUGAUCUUGAGAGCCAAUCAGGUGUACAGCGAGUUCAUCAAGUCCCAGGAAGGCAUGUCAUUCAGUGGCCAGGUGUGUUUGGUAGGAGACUGCGUAGGAGGGAUCCUGGGGUUUGACGCUCUGUGCUACAGCAAUCAGUCCAUGUCAGAGAGCCAAAAUAGUAGCCGGCGCGGGAGUGUUGUGAGCGUGCAGGACUCUGACCUCUUGUCUCCUGGAAUCAUUGUGAGCAACAGUUACUGCUCGGGGAGCUCCAACCUGGAAACCAGCCGACACCUCAGCCGGAGCAACAUUGACAUCCCUCGCAGCAACGGAGAGGACUCCAAGAAGCAGCUGCCACGAAAGAGGAGUGACUCAUCCACCUACGAGCUGGACACAAUAAAGCAGCACCAAGCUUUCCUCUCCAGUCUACAUUCUAGCAUCCUGAGAAACUACCCUGGAUCAAGGCGAUCCAGUAGCUCCAUCAUGCUGGAUGGUGGGAACCUUGGGAAAUUUGAGUUUGAGAUCACUGAUUUCUUCCUGUUUGGAUCUCCUUUGGGGCUGGUCCUCGCAUUGAGGAAAACCGUCAUUCCAACACUUGACAUCUUCCAGCUGAGACCAGCCUGCCAGCAAGUGUAUAAUCUGUUCCACCCUGCAGACCCAUCUGCCUCGCGCUUGGAACCCCUCUUGGAAAAGAAGUUCCACAUUUUGCCACCUUUUAGUAUCCCACGCUACCAGAGGUUCCCUCUUGGGGAUGGCAGUUCAGCCCUCCUGGUCGAGACAGUCCAGAACAACCCUCUGCUCCUCGUGGAAAGCAGCCCCCUGGUUGCUCUCCAGAACCAAGACAGCUUCAUGGAAACCAGUAUCCCUGUUCCCAUCCUGAACUGGCAAGAUGUUUCCAGUAAAAACUCUGGAUUUGCUGAGUCGGAUGUUGUUCAGUCUCAUGGUGGCGUCUUCAUGGAAAAUGCAUCCCCUUCUGCUCCCAUUUCAGCCCCCCAGUUCAGGGGAUUCCGGAGAGCCAGCGAGGCAAGCAUGGCCAGCCAGGUUUCAGGAAUGGCAGACAGUUACACUGCUUCCAACAUAGCCAACAAAAACAAAAACCAUCUCAUCUACUCCAGGGGCUUUAGCUUAUUAGCCCAGCUUGCUCUCCCACACAAAUCCCCCACCCAAACCUUGCCCAAAAGACAUAGGGCAUCUAAACCUGAGCAGUCCCAGAAUCCCGUAAGAAGAAGGUUUGGGAGCUUCUCCCAUCAGGAAGUGGAUUCCUUUCCACAGAUCCCAGAUCUGGACAUCAAGAAAGUUGCUGCCAAAUGGUGGGGUGCUAAAAGGAUAGACUAUGCUCUCUACUGCCCUGAUGCACUAACCGCCUUCCCCACAGUAGCCUUACCGCACCUCUUCCAUGCAAGCUACUGGGAAUCGACAGAUGUGGUCUCCUUCCUGCUUAGACAGGUGAUGAGGCAUGAAAACUCCAGUAUUCUGGAGCUGGAUGGGAAGGAGGUCUCUGUCUUCACCCCGUCCAAGCCCAGAGAGAAGUGGCUUCGCAAAAGGACCCACGUUAAGCUAAGGAAUGUUGCAGCCAACCAUCGAAUAAACGAUGCUAUUGCCAAUGAGGACGGUCUCCAAAUGUUAAAUGGAAGGUUUAUGUACGGUCCCUUAGAUAUGGUCACACUCACGGGAGAGAAGGUGGACAUUCACAUCAUGACGCAACCCCCUUCAGGAGAGUGGGUUUACUUUGACACAGAAAUCAGCAACAGCAGUGGGAGGAUUUCCUAUGUAAUCCCUGAGCAUAGGCGGCUGGGGAUUGGUGUGUAUCCUGUCAAAAUGGUGGUCAGAGGUGACCACACGUUUGCUGACAGCUAUAUCACCAUUUUGCCCAAGGGGACUGAAUUUGUGGUCUUCAGCAUUGAUGGUUCCUUCGCAGCCAGUGUUUCGAUCAUGGGCAGUGACCCCAAAGUCCGAGCUGGAGCUGUCGAUGUAGUAAGGCACUGGCAAGAUCUCGGCUACCUCAUCAUCUAUGUCACAGGCCGACCCGACAUGCAGAAGCAAAGGGUGGUGGCUUGGUUAGCACAGCACAACUUUCCUCACGGGAUCGUCUCUUUCUGUGACGGGCUGGUACACGACCCACUGCGGCACAAGGCCAAUUUUCUGAAAUCCCUCAUCACGGAUGUCCACAUGAAGAUCCAUGCUGCCUACGGGUCCACCAAGGACAUCUCUGUCUACACCUCGAUCAGCCUGCCACCCUCACAGAUCUACAUUGUUGGACGACCAACCAAGAAGCUGCAGAACCAGUGUCAGUUCAUUACCGAGGGAUACGCAGCCCACCUGGCCCAGCUGGAAUACACCCACCGCUCCCGGCCUGCCAAGAAUACCACCCGGAUGGCCCUUCGCAAAGGCAGCUUCGGCCUCCCUGGCCAGACCGAAUUCCUGCGCAAGCGGAACCACUUGCUGCGCACCAUCUCAUCCCAGCCCGCAACAGCCAGCGGGAGCACCAGCCACAGGCCAGAGCGGACACAAAGCCAGUCAGAGAGCGACCGGGAGAGAGACCGGGAGCGCAGCCAGAGGAGCAUGAGCCUGGCCACGGGGUGCUGGGGUCGGAGCGCAGCCGCCAGACUUGAACCUGGGGUCCUAGGGCAAAAGUAGAGGGGGCUAGCGACAGGUGGCCACAGAUGCCCGUGGCAGAAGCAGAAGCAGUGAAAGAACCGAGGCCUACGGUGUGGGACAAAAGGCAAAAAUGGUGCUACUCAUUAACAACGAAGCAGCGAUAACUUUGAGAGAGAUCGGAGUGGGGUUUUUUCCCCCCACACAAAACAUGUGCAGGCCUUACAGCAAGGGUGCUAGGUUUGCAAAGCACUAUCCUAAAGGAGGAGGGAGGCCUUUUGCGAUGAAGGGUGUUAGGAGAGGGGAAACGAGAAUCUCAACAGUCUCUGGCUGCAGCCCACGCUCUUUCCUGCCUCCCUUUUCUUACCGAGGUUUAGCGACUGUAAAUAUGUGCCUCCUCAGCUUCUUAGCCAUCAGUCAGAAAGUUGCAAUAGAAGGGGAGGCACUCUGGUGCCAGGCGGGGGGCAGCCCUGAAAGAGUGCGAGGGGGAGCAUUCAUGUGAGUUUCCUUUGCUGACUGCAUGAGUGCCACUGGGCACUGGUACUGUACAGGGGAAAGGAGGGGCUAUUUCUGCAAUCCUGGGAGACUCAGAGAUGCAGGAGCAUUUGAUACGUAUGGGCAAAGUGACGCAAUCAUGGCCAUUGAUGUGAUCGCUAUGGAAUCAGAUGAACCCUUGAUGUUGGGUGGCAAGUUUCUUCCUUUUUUUUUUUUUAAAGUCACAGGAAAGAAAAAAUUCAACCAAGAGUUCAGAAAAUGGCCGGCGCAAGGUUAGAAAAAGAAGAUAAGCAAUUUGAGCUGUCCUGAAUUUUGGAGAGAUUCUCCAAACAUGAUUAAUGUAUAGAAGCCUUUUGGAAACUCGCCACAGCUAAGUUUCAAACAACAUACUGAGUGUGACAUUUUCUCAGCCUAAAAAAAAAAAAAAGCAAAGUCCAAAUUCUCCCCCUAUUUCUUUUCUGCCACCUGUAGAUGGGAAACCAGUUCCUUCCUCCCAGCUUUGGUAAUGUCUUUUGACCAAGAUAAAACUUUUUUUUGUUUGUUUUAACUUUAGUUAUGCAACUGUAAAACCUCAUCAUUUUUAUUUGGUUUGCACUGAAAAUGUUUUUAAAAGGAGGCCUGUUACUAUUUUAUAAAGUUGCACUCUCCCUAUUUAUAGCGCAUGGCAGUUAAAUGUUGCUAAAUCAGGAUACAUGACACAUGCACGCACACAUGAAUAUUGGUAGAGGGGUUGAGGGUGUCCCCCGUUUUCCACCAACAGUAUGAAGAUUAAGUGUACUAGGCUGUGCAGCCCAGCUUGGAAAAGGAAAUUUAAAAUGAGAGACUUGCAUCUUAAAUUCUUCAAGCCUCUCUCUGUACAGGUGUUUCCGGUGUGAUAGUAGCAUCUGGGAGAAGUGGGCUCGUAUGAGUGUGUGAUGGGUUCCCCCAGUUUUAGAGGACAGUCACUUUACAGUGCCCUCUCUCCGCUGUUGUAGAAAGGGAGGAACUGUACAAAGGGGAAAGUGCCUAUAAAGAAUGGCCUGUUGAAAGCUGCUUAUUCCUCCCAUGUCGAGAUUCAGAAUUUCUAGCUGUUGCCAAGGGCCAUUCCUUCCCUGGACACCAUUAUGGUGGGAGAAAGGAAGGUCCAUUCACCAAAUGUCAGGGUUGCCCUGUGUUGCCUAGCUUUUGGCAUUUUUUUAUAUUUGCACAGGCGUCCUUCUGGCUCCAUGUCCCCUUUCCUCUCCUGCCUCUCACCAUUUGUACCACUUUCUACUUUACAAAGCUCUUCUAUGUAAAAAAAAAAGAAUUUUUUCUAAACCAACAGCUUUGUUUCUUAGGUUUCUUUUUUUUUCAAUACUAAGACUUGCAGCACUGUGAAGGCGGCCUCUUUCAAGCCACGGUGGGGCUUUGACAAUUCAUCUGGACAAAAAAACAAACACAACUGGUUUUGCUACUUCGGUUCCGACACCAAAUUUUAAAUGGUGUGUGCCAUUGAGGAAGGUGUGUCUCUCUGAAAAGGUAAAAACCACGUCUGUUUUGAAAUGAAGUUCACAACACCAAACAUAUCUCAAUGGUUUAGGUAGCCAUACUCCAAGAUUCUAAGCCACUUGUCUCUGAUGAAGUCAAUGAGAAGAUUCUGGCAGAUUUUUACUACUGGAAAAAAAAACUAUUGGCUUCCCUUUCUGUUCACUCAGCCUAGUUCUUUGUGAAUGUACAUCCAAAACCUUGGGGGAAUAAAUCAACAUGAAUUACAUCACAGAACUUUGCUAGCUCACGAUGGGUCAUCGUUGUGCCAGCCAGCUAACAAGCCACAAUCCAUUCUUAAAAGUUAUCCAGACCAUAAUCAUAAAAAGGAUUUAGCCUUCAACAGAUCAAUCUCUCCCUCCGAAGAGUCCACAAGCCAAGGCGUGACAUGAACAUUUUCAAACUUCAGAGAAGUUCAGUGUCCUCUUUUUAUUGUGUGUGUGCGUGUAUAGAUUGUGCAAAGCAAGGGACAAUGUAAAUGUUUGGGGGGGAGGGAAAGAAGGGAGUAUAUAUGAUGUGGACAUUAUUUAUUUUAUGUAAAGAAAUUAUGUCUGGAGGGAAAGAAACAGGGUUUAUUAAUAUUUUGAAAUCUAGCAUUUUUUUCCUCUUGAUUUCAGGCAUUAUGUACAAAACAAUGAUUUUAUGGACCAAGUUUAAUGUAAUUGUCAAAAGGAUGCUGAAAUGCAGUCGUCGCCUCACAUCUAUCCGUGUCUGAAACCAAUAACCCAUCAAGACUGACAAUCACACCUGUGUGGGCCCCAACAUUGGCCAAUCUUCCAGCCAAUUCUCCCUUUUUGAUUUCCACACAAUGGUCCAUAUUUCAGGAGAUAAAAACAUCUCUGUUCAGCACCAUUCUUUGCCAUUGCAAUAAUACUGGAUGAUGCAAGCAUGUAUCAAAAGAUAUGUGGGCAGGGUUGGUUGCCUGUUUGUUUCGUUUUUUUAAAAGCCCUCCUGGAUUUCAUAGCUGGUCAGUGAUCUUUGUUGGCAUCCUUCUCCGCAUUGUGUUGUCCUGUAUUUUGAAAGAUCAACUUACUACUCUAUAGCAUUUGACAAUAGCAAUAGCUCCCUUAGAAUGCAGGCUUGGUUGGUGUUUUUCAAGGAUAGAUUUGGAGAACUGCCUUUUAAAAAAAAAAAAACUGGCAAACUAAAUCCCUUUUGGCCAAAUGCACAGGCUUGGUCUGUGGAAUUUGGACCUUUUAGCCAUUUGUCUGAUAAAAUAAGCACACUUGUGAGGUUAACAGUACAAUCAAACUCUGAGCUAAAACCACCAAAGCCAAACAGGCUUAACCUGGAGUAAUUCUGCAUAGAAUUGUACUGAAUGCCUCCUUACUUUGUUUCCUUGGGACCGACAUCCUAGAUCACAUUUUUUCUUCUGCAUCAUGGUACACACAUAGUACAAGGGUGUUCAUCUUGCACUUGUGACUCAUGGCUGACUGGUUUCUGUAGUGCCAUUUAUGUCCAUGAUGAAAAGCCCAGCUGUGCAAAUUGUUGAGCCUGUUUUUUGACCUGCAAGAGUCCAUCAGCUGUGUGAAUGGGCAGUGGUUCCAUAAGAGCAGAUUUGGUACUGUGCUUUAAAUUAGAACCACCUGGACGUGUCUCUGAAAUUCUUCAGAACAUGUAGAUCUUUUACAAGGCCUGCAUUCUUAUUCUAGCUUGGAUCACAUAAAUUCAACAUUUAUCAGUCUCCCCGGUAAGUUUUCCAAGAAACAUGGAUUUUUUUUCCCCCCAGAGAAAAGUAAUUCAGGGAGGGGAAGGACAAAAUGGUGUUUGGGAUCUCUCCCAGGAACAUACUUGAGCCCCUUUGCUAAUAUUUAGAAAAGUUUGCUGUAGGAACCCCCAUCUGUUGCUGGAGGCAAGGUUGUGUAUAUUCUGCGACAAUCCCACAGCAUUAUUAUUAGGCGCAGAAUUUUAGCAAUGUAAGAAUCUUCACUUUCACAGGAGGAGUCAAUUUCUAGAUGGCUACGAUGACUGAGCUUGUAAGGGGGGUGGUAUUUGACAACUUAGGACAUCUGAGUAGAACCAUCAUUGGUCAAAGGACCAAUUGGGUGCUUUGUCUACCGUUUUUGCCCCCUCCCCAUGGACAACAGAAUUAUAAAUAAUAAAUGCAAAAUUGUGUGGUUUGCAUGUUUUCUGAUUACAUAAUUUUGAGCUUUCUUGGCAUGGAUUUUUUUCCUCAGUCCUGAGUUGUAUGCAUAUUGGAUGAUACUUUCAAGAUUUUCUGCAGUUGGGUGAAAGUGCUACAGAAGAACAUGGUUACGGUGGCAUUACUGAACGGUUAUCCCUCAAACAAUUCAAAAGGCCACAUGCAGGAUAGCAUCUUGUUUUGGGUCCAUGCAUACUCACACGGUUUGGUUCCCCAACUUACCAUUUGAACCAUCAUUUCUGCCGAGACCAAAAGCUUAACGCUGCCAAAAAGUCAAGAGAGGCUCUUCUGACUCCCUCUUCCACAGCUGUCUAUACUUGCUACCCUUUUGCAGAACUUGCAGUCCAAAAAUGUCAUACAAGGUUCACAAAAUAAUAAUGUACCUGGGCUUGAUUUCUAUGUGGAAUUCUUAGUGCUGAAGGAGAGUUCGCAUGGGACUGAACGUUAAUGGGAAAGAGACCCUCCCUGGUCUUCACGUUCUUGCCCAAUCAUGUUAUCUUAUGCUGGGUCAGGUGGUUUGAUUUUUUUGACAAAACCUUUUGCCCCCAAUUUGAAGAAUGUUUACAGUGUCCUAAUGCUAGUUCAGGGGAAGUCGGCUGUCAAAGGGGGUGCAGACAAACCAGCCCCUCAUCCCGACAGGUCAUCCUGCACUUAACCGGAGUCGUCGUCCCACUUGUUCAGGUAUCUUCACUGUUGCUGCAGUUUCUUGUUAGUUCCAAAAGCCUUACAGUUUUGUCCCCCUCUCCGUCGUUGAGCCCUCAGGAGUCUUUAUUCCCAAUUUGUCCAUUUUGUACUCAAUAAUGUUUGUUCCAUUGGACUGAAAAAUAGUCUGAGGACGCAGCUGGAGUAGGCAGAGGGGAAAGGACAGAAACAUUCAAAACGCUGCAGUGGGGGAAGGCAUGAGAGGAAAACCAGAGCCCAGCUGAGGCUGGCGUUUCAUCUUUCUGUUCCUGCGUUUGUGUGUGCACGAUGCCGUCUAUCUCCUUGCUGUUCUAUGUGACAGCCGUACCUAAACAUACAACUUCCUUCUCCUCACUGUUACUGGCGCCUCAUCCCGCUACCUGGAUGUGCUUUGUAUACGGUUAUCACUUGUAUGUUAACACCAAUUAAAAGA